AUGGCGGAUACGGCGAUCAUUCUCCCCGACCCUGGAGUUGAGGAAGAAUACGCGUCUUCCGAAGACUCUGAUUUUGCGCCAGAAGAUACCGCAGCCCGCGAAUCCUCACCUGACGAUUCCGACGACGAGGAUGUGCCGCCAGACGUUGCACCUGCGACUGCGCCCAAGCGCAAGCGGAACGCUAACGACGACGAACCACAAGAUGUCGGUUUCGAAAACUCUGGAGACGAGGCCAUUAUAGAGAAGGCCAAGACAAAGCGGCAGAAGAAGGUCAGGAAAGCGAACCAGGAUGGGGACGAGGGUGGUGAUGGUGGUUUGAUCAAGACACGCAGUCAGCGAGCGCAAGAGAAAGCCGAGCGGAAGGCAAUUGCCGUCUCUGGCCCUGUCACCGUCGACGUCGAUGCACUAUGGGCCCAGAUGAAUAACCCAACCUCUGCUGCUCCAGUGAGCAGUCAGGCAGAUUCUACAACCGAGGCCGAGGCCGCUGCAGGUGCUACAGUCAAUGCUAGAGAUGCGGACAAGACAGCUACCACCGAAGCUACUACCCAGGUUCCACGAAUGAUCAAAAUAAAACGUACAUACAACUUUGCCGGGAAGGUUCACACGGAGGAAAAGCUCGUUUCGCGAGACUCCGCAGAGGCAAAGCUAUAUCUUGAGUCUCUGGGAGAAGGUGCGACACCAGAGGCAGCCGAAGAAAACGGCGAUCAGCCAAGGAGGAGGCCCAAAAAGGCAUUCCGAUCUGCAUUCGAACCAAUAUCGGACCAGCUGGCGUCUCGCAGAGACCUGAACCUAGGAAUAGCGGCCAGGAUGGAGGCCAGGGAUCUCGCAAAGGAUGCCAACGCCAAGAAGCUCACAACAGUCGAGAAGAGCCGCAUGGAUUGGGCUGGCUACGUUGAUAAGGAGGGCAUCCAGGAUGAGCUUAAGCUCGCUGGCAAAUCAAAGCACUCCUACGCCGAGCGCCAGGGCUUCUUGGCUCGUAGCGAGGCACGGAGGGAAGACGAUGCAAGGAAAGCUCGUAUGGCUACGCGGGUUUAA